AUGUCGCUUCAAGCACCCAAGGACAUGGCUGCCGAGCGUGCAGCUGCGGACUUUAGCAUCGAUCGACUUUCUCGCUUGUGGGCUGGCGGUGACAAGCAAUAUGAAAUGCAGCAAAAAGCCUAUGAAAUCAUCAAGAAUGAUCCUGAACUGGUUGUACAGCCUCCACGCAACAUCCUUGAGUUUACCCGCGACGAGUGGCGUGAAUUUACUAUGGGCCAGAUCUACCGUGUUCUCCAACUCUUUAAAGAGUACGGCAAUGAUAGAGAGUUUGCGUACGAGAUUGGCAAGGCCGUUAACGUCUAUUCCGAGAGCUUUUCCAUGCGGUUCUUUGUCCACGAGUCACUCUUUCGUAAUGUUGUCAACAUGCUGGGCAACAAGGAGCAACAGCAGAAAUGGAACGAUGACAUCGACAAUGUUCGCGUUUACGGCUGCUUUGCCAUGACUGAAUUGGGUCACAGUUCUGCUUUGCGAGAUAUCGAAACUACCGCCACAUUUGACUUGGCAACCGAUGAAUUCGUUCUCGAAUCACCCACGAUCACUGCAACCAAAUGGUGGAUUGGCGGCUCUGGCCAGACGUCUACCCACGCUGUCGUUAUUUCUCAAACGGUCAUCAAUGGCCAACACAAGGGACACAACUGGUUUAUUGUACAAUUGCGCGACAAGGUCACUGGCGAAUUAAUGCCGGGCAUCCGCGUUGGUGACAUUGGCAAAAAAGUUGGACACGAUGGUGUAGACAAUGGCUGGAUUCAAUUCCGUGGUGUCCGUAUUCCCCGCUCACACAUGCUUCAAAAAUGGUCUCAACUCGAGCGCGACGGUUCUUAUACACCUGUACCUAAUCCAGCUGUCAUGUAUGCCACGUUGAUUCCGGAACGCUUGUCGUUGAUUACCGUCACUACCCAGUUGAUCGGUCAAGCCUUGACGAUUGCUACACGUUAUGGUGUUGCUCGUCGCCAAGGACCCAAGAAUCAACAGAUCAUGGAUUAUCAGUCGCACUAUGCGCAAUUGAUCCCGGCUAUCUCGUUCAUGUACAUGGUCAAGUCCGCUGCUUCAACGCUUGAUAAGCAGUUUGAGGUGCUAACCGCCGGUGGUGAAAUGGAUCCCGUUGAUUAUUUGAACCAUAUGGGUGACAUGCACGCUGCUUCUGCUUGCUUGAAGGGCUUGACCGGCUGGUAUGGAUCCGAGAUUUUGGAAAUAUGCCGACGUGCGUGCGGUGGCCACGCUUAUUCAGCUUAUAACAGUAUCGGUCAGAUCAUUGGCGACUGGGGCGUCAUGACAACCGGUGGUGGUGACAAUGUCGUCCUGUUACAACAGGCUGCACGUAUCUUGAUAUAUCACUUGGACCAGAAGCUCGAGCACGAUCAAUACCCAGAGCUCAAGUUCAAGAGCUCGAGUCAUUAUAUUUUGCGCGCCAAGGAGUAUUUGGCAACUCCCUCGUGGCCCGUGCGCGAAAUCACAGAUGCCAUCAGGAACCUUCGUCUUCUGGAAGACGCGCUUAAUGCAAUUCUUCUCAACAGCAUUCGUGAAGCCAUGGCCAAGGGCAAGGGCCUCAAUGAUGUGCUUAUGGACUGCGUUCGUGUCGCCGAGAUGCAUUGCGCUGUCUUUUUAUUCAGCGAUGCCGUCAGCAAGUACGGUGCUCCGCUUGCUCCCGAGGGCAUUGACAAGAGUGUUUACUCAAUCAUGCAUCGCAUGACCGCUCUCUGGGGUCUUCAUACCCUUCACAGAUACUCUGAUCAAGGUUACAAGGAAGGUUUCCUUACCCCACAGCAAGUCAAGUCUGUCGAGGAACACUACUUGGAGGCUUCCAAGGCUCUUCGUAAGCAGGUCAUUGGUUUGACCGAUGCCUUCGGAUUCCCUGAUUUCGUUCUCAAAGCACCUAUCGCCAAAUACGAUGGCAACAUCUAUGAACCCUAUCUCGAGACACUGUUGCAGGCACCAAACAGUGUUGGCAAGACACCUUAUCAUGACAAGUACAUUAAGCCAUUGACUGAGCGUGUUGGUCCUAGCAAUAACUAA